CUAAAACGUCACGAACCUCAGUAGUUGAUCGCUCUUGUGACUGUUGCAUGAGAAACGCCAAUGCAGUGAAGGUUACCAAGCCGAACAGAUAACUUAAUGAUGGCUAGGAAUGGAAAAGUUCAUCCGGUGACCACUGUCGACCACCAUCACGAUUACCGUAGUGAUCACGUACAGUUGAACAGAAUGAAUCAUGUAACGAAAUCGAGGGAGAAAACAGAGACAGUUUCAAGCGAAAACUGGCAGAAAGUUUCCAAAGAAGUCAUGGCUUUUUCGCGGUGGAAAGGUUACACGCGCUCAAUGAGAUCACUGGUUGAAAAAAACUCUUCCGCAUUGAAUAAUAGCAUUCGAUCUAGAGUUUACGCGAGAUCACAUUCGUACAAGGAAAGGGAAAUGCACUGCGUGUUGGACAGUGAUGUCGAGGAUUUAGGAAAUGAACGACUGGCGAUGUACGAUACAAAUGUUUAUAUGAAACCAAUGCCUGCUGUUAAUCACGGUGAACCGACUCAUCCUUCCAUCGCAGCCAGCAGAGCUUUGAUCAUUUACUUCGCCAAACUUGCCAAGCAAAGCAUUGAGAUGGAACAAGAGCUUGAUUUUGAGUUCAUAGAAGGACUGCUUGACGAAGGAGCUGAUAUAAACUUCACGGAUAGGUACGGACAAACUGUCAUGCAUGAAGUGGCUCGAAUCUGGCACGUGGAUGUUGCCAGGUUUGUUUUGGAAAAUGGAGGAGACGUAAACAAAACAGAUGAAUUUGGACGGACGCCACUACAUGUUGCCGCAGCAGUUGAUUAUUCUGAGAUGGUAGAGUUUCUGGUCACCAACAAAGCUGAUCUACAUGCCAUCACAUUUGGAGAACAACAAACACCCACUCACUAUGCUGCUAAGAAUGAUGCUUCUAAAGCACUGAGGAUGCUUCUCAAGUUGGGUGGCAGGAUGGACGAUACAGAUUACAAAAAACGCACUCCUCUGCUUGUAGCAGCUGAAUUAGAUCGAUCAGAAACAGCCAAAUAUUUAAUUGACCAAGGUGCUGCUGCUGGAGUUCAAGACAGUGCAGGCAGCUCAGUUAUGUCUUUCAUGAUUUCCAAAAUGCCUCCUGUUGCAAAAGAAGCCUUGGAUCAGUUUCACACAACGAACCGAGGCAAUCGCCGUCAGUACUUCUACCUUAAUCAUCUGGAACCUUUUCUGGCGGACGGAAACGGUGCAUUUGCUUCUUGCGCCAGAUCCCCACUUCACUGUGUGGUAUAUUACAAACAAAUGGAACUUAUCAUGCACCCAGUUUUCAAACGGCUUCUUGAUGUAAAGUGGGAUCAAUUCGGCUGGCGUGGAACGAUUAAGAACAUUUUCGUGCACGCGGUUUUCGUGUUAGUAUGGACAGCGCUAGGUGUGACUCUUCAUUUCGGAUCUGACACGCAGAAUACCGUGAACUAUUAUUAUCCCCUCAAAGAUUAUAUAUGGCGGAUUGUUCUGGAGAGCAUAGCUUGUUGCAUGACUUUGUACUUUAUUUGUCAGGAGUUUCUGGAGAUCAGUGCUUCGAAGAAGUUGCACCGAAACUGGAAGAGAUGGAGGAUCGAUGAGCUCGACAAGGACCUGAAGUUUUCUCAUCCACGUUGGCCAGAAGAGAGAAAGUAUCUUGAAAUGGAACGCAACGACAUCUUAGAUUCAGGAAUUUCUUACUUUAACGACGCUUGGAAUUACUUUGAUUGGGUGACAUAUGGCUGGAUUCUGGGCAUAAUUGUGACUCGUGUUUUUGCUGUUGUGCUGGCCAGCAAUGUAGCCCGCUCCCUCCAUCCAAAAGUGUUCGCCAUUGCACUGAUUUUCAUCUGGCUCCGACUGAUGAAAGUUUUCCGCGGUUUUAUUACAUUAGGACCUUUCAUUGUUAUGAUCGGACAUAUCAUUGACGAUACUCUUAAGUUUGGCUUUCUUUAUAUUAUAUUCUAUGUACCCUAUGUAUGUGCGUUUUGGAUUACAUUCGGAGGCGCCGAGAACGCUGCAGUUAUGAGAGCCAACGGUUUAGACGCCAAUGGCUGGGAGAAGUUUAACGAUCUUAUGUAUUCCGUGUGGCAGUUGACAGUGGUAGGGAAUUACCCCUGGGAUUCUUUGCUCGUAGUAGACCGGCUAAUGGCGCAGAUUCUUUGCGGAACAUACCUAGCACUGUCAGCUAUUGUGAUGAUUAAUCUCUUCAUUGCACUGAUGUCGGACACGUUUCAGCGUGUUUAUGACAACGCCAAAGCGAACGCGGCCAUGCAGCGUGCAAGCACCAUACUGACAAUGGAAGAGAAUAUGGGAGACAAGACUCGAGAAAAAUAUAGGAGACUGAUUCAUGAGAAAUUCUCUCCCGAGGAAAUGUAUUACGAUGAUGACUCUACCCAGCCUGGGUCUGGUGACUUGGAACGAAUGACGCACCAAAUUAAAGACGUGGUUGAUGAAGUGUUCGACAUGCUACGACCGCAGAAUCGUAACGGAUUAGGAAGGACGGCGGAUAAAAGCGCCAAGCGGGAGAUUGAACGCUUGCGAUCUGACCUCGCAGAAGUUUCCAACCGGCAUGAACAGACUGUGAAAGAGAUGAGAAAUGAAGUGGCUGAGAUGAAAGCUUUGUUGAUUCGUGUUUUGGAGCGGGGGUCGGUACCGUCACUACCAUCUGUUCGAUCUCUUCACGAGCAAACUCAACCUCCAGAAAAACUCAACCCGAACGAGGCACGGAAUCCUUCGAAGCGAUCGGCGAGUAGUCGGUCGCACCGAAAAAGGCAUCGGCGGCAGCGUAGCUCUCCGAGUGAUGACGAAGUUGAUCACAGGGAUUAUCAAGGAUUACCGCUGACCGAUGACAUUGGAGGCGAUGCGAAUGAGUUGCCAAGUGUGCGGGUGUUGACUACACGUGCUACAGCUCGUAAGCAGCAAAGAGACGAAAAAGAUGACAGGUGAACAAUCGAAGUAAAUACAGAUAAAUCGGACGUGUAGCUUGAAAUAGAUACACCAAAACGUUAGAAAGGCAAAGGAGAGGAAAUUCUUAUUUUGACAAGUGUGGAAUCGAGGCUAAGCGAGUGCAGUAUGUAACAAUAAAAGUGGCGUACCCUUGACAGUCCGGCCUUUUCCGAAUACGAUUUUUUCGAUGUAACCAGUUGAGCGAUUGUUCAUAAUUUGUCGUGUAGUUUCAGGUUUGGUUUAGUUCGUGUUAAGAGAGAUCCUUUAGCCAAAGACAUGUUAUUUGACGUAUCCGUUUUGCCAAUAAGUUCCGACGAGAACGCAUUUCGUAACCAAGGUAUGGAUGAAAAGUAACUUGUAUUAAAAUGCUCAACUUUUAUUUUAAACAGAAAUGACAAUUUUUUACCGAUGUAUAGUUUUGUAAAAGCAAGAUAGGCUUUUUUUAACAACAGAUGUAUUUUCAUAUAACGAGGAGACGGAGAGUGGUUAACUUACUCCAGUUUUGGGCAUCACAUAUUAUACAGUGUGGAGAAUGUUUAGAAAAAUAAAUUGCAUAAACCUGAUCAUCAA